CGACACCGCUCCUCACUUCCUUGCCUUCCUCCACUCUCCGCGGCGCCAUGAGGACUCUGGUUGUUUUGGCAGUGAUGGUGGCGGUCUCCGCCCAUCAGGCCUAUGGCAUUCCUACCUACGGCACUCCCGCCCAUAGCACCCAUUCCUACGGCUAUGGACAGCCCCGCUACGUGGGUCCGCUGGCUUCCAGUGUCCCCGCCGGUGUUGGUGGCAAGAUAAUCCCUGUUUCUGACACCUACGAGGUGGCGGCAGCUAAAAACCAGUUCUUCAGGACUUACCAGGACCAAGUGAACACCAUCAACGCCAUCCGUGCCAGUCGCCCCACUCGCUACGGCACCUCUUACGGAUCUGCGGGCCCCGUACAUAUCUCUCACCCUGCCCCAGCCCCAACCCCCGCUGUGGUCUCUACUUACAGUGGCCCUGCUAGGGUGUCCCACUCCAUUAGUGCUCCCGUGCAUGUGUUCCAGUCUUCCUAUGGCGCCCCUGCAGUGUCCCACUCUUCUUACGGCACCCCCUCCUAUGCACCCUUCACUGCGCCCACGCAGGUGAGCGACACUCCCGAAGUAGCGGCCGCCAAGCCGAGUUCUUCCGUCUCUACAACCAGCAGGCUGCUGCCGCCGCUGCCGCCCCGGACGACUACACCGUUCAGAAGUAUUACUGAGGCACUGCACAAACCAUGUUAUUUUUCAAUAAUGUUGCAUGUUUUCAUUUCAUCGUGAAUGAAGAAAAUAUAAAAAAAAAGUAUGAACUCGAGAGAAGGCACAUAAUCUUUUUUCUAAUUUCAGUUGUAUAUUUCAUCAUUAAAAAGAAUGGAGCAAC